CGUUGGGUGGGCUGUCGCCGGCCGCAGGACUCUCCCCCCCCCCACUACUCCUCCUGUGCAGUUGAACAGGCAAAAUGGACUUCUCCAAGCUACCUAAAAUCCGUGAUGAGGACAGAGAAGCUUUCGUUGGCUAUGUCCAUGGAGUCUCAGGACCUGUGGUCACGGCUUGCAACAUGGCAGGUGCUGCUAUGUAUGAACUAGUACGAGUAGGCCACAGUGAACUGGUGGGGGAGAUUAUCCGACUGGAAGGUGAUCUGGCAACUGUCCAGGUAUAUGAAGAAACUUCUGGUGUCUCUGUAGGAGAUCCUGUACUCCGUACUGGCAAACCCCUGUCAGUGGAAUUAGGGCCUGGCAUAAUGGGAGCUAUUUUUGAUGGUAUCCAGAGGCCUCUAUCAGACAUCAGCGCUCUGACCAAAAGUAUCUAUAUCCCUAGAGGUGUCAAUGUGUCAGCUUUGAGCCGAGAUGUCAAAUGGGACUUCACGCCUUCCAAAAACUUACGGGUUGGCAGCCAUAUCACUGGUGGAGACAUUUAUGGUGUGGUGAACGAAAACUCCCUUAUUAAACACAAAAUCAUGUUGCCCCCACGGAACAGGGGUACAGUUACCUACAUUGCUCCACCAGGAAACUAUGACACUUCAGAUGUUGUCUUAGAGCUGGAGUUUGAAGGUGUGAAGGAGAAGUUCACUAUGGUUCAGGUCUGGCCUGUACGUCAAGUCCGUCCUGUUACUGAAAAGUUACCAGCCAAUCAUCCUUUGUUAACUGGCCAGCGGGUCCUGGAUGCGCUUUUCCCAUGUGUACAAGGGGGUACAACAGCUAUUCCUGGAGCUUUUGGCUGUGGGAAGACUGUGAUCUCGCAGUCUCUCUCAAAAUACUCCAACAGUGAUGUCAUCAUUUAUGUAGGCUGUGGAGAACGAGGAAAUGAAAUGUCUGAAGUACUAAGAGAUUUCCCUGAGCUAACAAUGGAGGUUGAUGGCAAGGUAGAAAGCAUCAUGAAGAGAACAGCUCUGGUAGCAAAUACCUCCAACAUGCCUGUGGCUGCCAGAGAGGCCUCUAUCUAUACUGGAAUCACACUGUCUGAGUAUUUCCGGGACAUGGGCUACCAUGUCAGUAUGAUGGCAGACUCCACUUCCCGAUGGGCUGAGGCCCUCAGAGAAAUCUCAGGGCGACUGGCUGAAAUGCCAGCUGACAGUGGUUAUCCAGCCUACCUCGGUGCCCGUCUGGCCUCUUUCUAUGAGCGAGCCGGCAGAGUGAAGUGUCUGGGAAAUCCUGAAAGGGAAGGCAGUGUCAGCAUUGUCGGAGCUGUGUCUCCCCCAGGUGGCGACUUCUCUGAUCCUGUCACAUCUGCUACUUUGGGCAUUGUUCAGGUUUUCUGGGGCCUGGAUAAGAAGCUGGCUCAACGCAAGCAUUUCCCCUCUGUCAACUGGCUGAUCAGUUACAGCAAAUAUACGCGUGCCCUGGACGAGUACUAUGACAAACAUUUUACAGAGUUUGUCCCUCUCAGGACAAAGGCCAAAGAGAUCUUACAGGAAGAGGAGGACCUUGCAGAGAUUGUGCAGCUUGUGGGGAAGGCUUCCUUGGCAGAAACAGAUAAAAUUACCCUAGAAGUUGCAAAGCUGAUAAAAGAUGACUUCUUGCAACAGAAUGGUUAUACGCCUUAUGACAGAUUCUGUCCUUUCUAUAAAACAGUGGGAAUGCUUUCCAAUAUGAUUGCAUUUUACGACAUGGCACGCCGUGCUGUAGAAACCACAGCCCAGAGUGACAAUAAGAUCACGUGGUCCAUCAUUCGAGAGAACAUGAGUGAAAUCCUCUACAGGCUUACGUCCAUGAAAUUCAAGGACCCUGUCAAAGAUGGUGAAGCAAAAAUCAAGGCGGACUAUGCUCAGCUGUUUGAGGAUAUGCAGAAUGCAUUUCGCAGUCUAGAAGACUAGACUUAGCCUCUGUGACCACUCCAGUUUGUCCUCUCAAUUCCUCAUCUCAACUCCUCAGCUUCCCUACCUUGCAAGAAUGAUGCAACAGUACUUGAGUUGAUAAUAGUCCUAUGUUUCCCUGUUCAUACUCCUUGUAUCUUUACAAAACAUUCCUCUUAGUUUGUGUUUGGCCUUGCUUUGUGUGUCUGAAAUGAUGAGUGAAGUGUGAAUGAGCUGGCUGAGUGAGGAAAUGCUGUUGUACGCUUCUAGGGUGGGAAACACUUUACUUUGCCCUCUCCCAGUUCUCUUGGUAACCAAGCUCUUACUUUGGAAAGCAACCAAUUGAGUUGUACUGGCAGAGGAGGUAUAGACUUUAAUGCAGUCAUGCGGUACAUUCUGAGCUGGCGGUGGUAAGGGCAUUUAGGUCCAGCACUUUGCUAAGUGACUAUCAUGACUUAAACUCCCUAAACAGAAUUUUUGAUCGUAUUUUAAUGAUGUGUUGAUAUAAGCAAAAGUAACAUUCUUCACUACACUGUCCCUUCCACAACCUUCAGCUGAGGUUGUUAGUAUUGAAAUGUGGCAGUUCUGGAUUGUCAGCAAGGGACUUGCUAGAAGAUGAACAUGUACAAGCAGCCACUAUGCUUCGUACACUGGAGAAACAGAAUUUUAUUCUCCGACUUACUAGUCAGAUAGGACUUUUGGACUCUGUAUCAGCUAAAACGAAAGCCAUAGGUGCUCAGCUUUCAGCAGAAAGAUUUGUUCCUUCUUUGCCUCCAAUUCACCCCAUAAAAUUUCACAACACUCAGCUGCUUUAGUAUGUGAAGCUUGUUACUGCUGCUUUGUACUACAGGCCAUAACAAGCUGUGCUGAUUCCACUUAUGUGGACCAGGAAAACAGUCCUUCCUAAAUGGUGCUCUCUGCCAAUAUACUUGCCUUCCAGAGGGAUGUCCAGGCCAUCCUUAGAAAAAGGAAGCAUGUGCUUAACUCUCCUCCUCUACCACACUAAUUUGGCUUGUCUGGCUGUGGCACAAAAUAUCCUCAGUUCUCAGGUAAAAGUAAUGUAUGAUGCUAAACUUCUAGGGGUGGGGAAGAGGAGAAGGCUGAGAAGUACAGCGUGUAUUUACUUGUCACUUGUGGAUUGUGAUACAAGAGGAACGUCUGCACUGUGCUCUGGCAGCACUGUCUGUCAGGCAGCAGAAACUGCUGUUUCUUGGGCUUGUUUAUUGGCAAAACUAGCAUGAGAUGAGGAGUAAGCAUAGAGCAGCCUUUCUGUCAGACUUCAAGAGCCAGCACUCAUCACUGGUGCAUAGUGAGGGAGAUUAAAGGUGCUGGCAUCCUGCCCAGUCUUUGACUCUCACUUGUGUUUCAGGUGGCAUUUAAUGUUUCUUUGUCAUGCAACACACUCUCUUUAACUUAGUUCCAGCAGUCAUCUACUAAAUUAUUAUGGUCAUGAAACAGUAACUGUUGUAGAUGACAUCUUUGUAGUGGCAUGGUUACACAAGUGUUAAUUCUGCAUUGAAGUAUUUCCACUGAACUGCCAGCUUCGAACAGUAAUGUUGCAACAGGCUCUCUGCGCUAUGGACCAAAUGCUAUCACUUCCACUGUAUCAACUCACUGUCAGGGAGAGCCCAGCUGAAAUGUAAACAGAUUUAAUAUUUUUGGUUCUCCUAAAUGAGACGACUACUCCAGCUAGUGUUCUGGUAGUGAAUGGUUAAGUUUACAGUUCACCAAACUUUCAGUGUAUGCUGCUUACUUUAACAAUGAUCAUGUGUGAAUGAGUUGUCACCAUUCAAGUUCUUGCUGGAUUCCUCAUUGUUCAUACCCUUCACCACUGCACUAUGUAGCAUUUCAUGCUAGAAAACAGAUGUUCUUAUUUCUUUAAAUAGAGGAUGUUAUAAACUUUACAACAGAUGUCUAAGAUAAUGCAGUUCUAAUAUUUAUUGUGCUGUACCUGGCCCGUAAGUGUGACCAGUUCAAACAGUUUCAUAUAUAUUUUUGUUUCUUUUGUUUUGUGUCUCAGUUUUCAGUGUUGAGAUUCUGAUGUUCACUGUGUACUGCAAGUCUUCCCUCCACAGCUGUGGGAAGAAUGAAAAGAUAGGCAGAACCCAGCCACCUACUCUACCUUGUAUAUUUCAUAAUGUAUGUUGCUGGAAGUUGUGUAAAAAAAAAAAAAAAAAAAAGAGUCAAUGAAAAUAAAAAUGGAUUUAAAGUAA